AGGAGAUGACCAGAGACUGCGGACACAGUACAGGAGAUGAGCAGAGACUGCGGACACAGUACAGGAGAUGAGCAGAGACUGCGGACACAGUACAGGAGAUGAGCAGAGACUGCGGACACAGUACAGGAGAUGAGCAGAGACUGCGGACACAGUGCAGGAGAUGAGCAGAGACUGCGGACACAGUGCAGGAGAUGACCAGAGACUGCGGACACAGUACAGGAGAAGACCAGAGACUGCGGACACAGUACAGGAGAUGACCAGAGACUGCGGACACAGUACAGGAGAUGACCAGAGACUGUGGACAGUACAGGAGAUGACCAGAGACUGCGGACACAGUACAGGAGAUGACCAGAGACUGCGGACAGUACAGGAGAUGACCAGAGACUGCGGACACAGUACAGGAGAUGACCAGAGACUGCGGACACAGUACAGGAGAUGACCAGAGACUGCGGACAUAGUACAGG